CCACAAUGGAAUAACAGCAAGCAAGGCCCUCCCUACAGUUUAAACCUCCGUCACCGCUGCUUAUCUUCUUUCUAUCAAUGAUAAGCAUCAUCUCCCCGCCGUAUCUUAGUUUCCGUCGUCGAUCAAUCAAUUCCUUAAAGAAUAUUCAGCAUGGAUAUUUCAGAGGACGUCUACGUCACAAGCCGAAGUAGGACACCGUCGUUCAUCGAUGUCAAGUCUCAAAGCGAGAGAGUCUUUACACAUUUGCCAGACAUCAUCCAGGAGGCUAUUGUAUCUACAGAGUUUUCGAGCCCACGUCUAAGGAUCAGCCGUGUUCAAGAUGGGAUACUUGACACCGAAUACAUGACCCAACCAAUGUUCUACAUAACUUCACGAACGGAUUCUGGCAUCGACUUGCCGGAUCUCAAUGUUACGGAUGAAAAGCUACUAGGCAAAUAUGGAUCAGAUCUGACUGCCAAUUUCGCCGAUAUUCGAGCAUAUGGGGCAAAAGCCUUCUUUGAGAAAGAAAACCUCUCGAAUGGGUCGAAGUAUUCAUUGUGUGCAUGUGCAACUGGCUACAUUUGGGUCUCCGUGACAGCUGUCCAGCAAGCCACCAGUUACCCGCACUUGGACGAUGUCGAAAUUCAGAUCGGAACAUAUGCGCUGAAGGCCAAAGCGAUCACCACGGUUGAGAUCCCAUGCGUGUACCGGUGCAUGAGUUCGGAUGAGCCUUUGGGCGGAGAACCAGCACUUCUCUUUUCAACGGUACUGGGGAACUACUUGCGAAAUCGAAUGCUUGGACAACAAUACGAAGAGGCAACGGACAACGCAAUCAAAACGACACGGAAAGAGCUAUCAUCCAGACAAAUAAUGAACCCCACUCUAUUCGGAGAUUUCUACUCGGUGCUUAAGGAAAUGUGUACGAAUGCGCCUUUGCCACCAACAUCAGAUGUCUCAUUGAUCUCGCGAUCCAUGAUUACGAGAAGAUGGCAGUGCUGGAGAGAAUCAUCGAUACUACGAAAACGAUACUUUUUCCCGCAACGUAUCAUUCGAUGCCUGAAACCAUCACGGCACGAUUCAAUUGACCUUUUGAGUGGAUGCUACAUGGCUUUGGCUUCUGAAAAAGCACGAUCAAAAGUCGUGAGCACUGAAGCUGUGGAAGAGGUUGUCUGAGCCUGCAAUACUUCGUACUCCACAAAUAUUAUGACACGGGCACCAUCAGACGAUCAAUAUCGGGUCCUACCAGAUAUUAGUUCCAAAAACCAACUCGGCUCCCGAAAUAACUCACCCCAUCCACCAUUAUAUGCCUCAAACUCAAUCACAUUCCCACUUCCAGACUUUAGCGGUACCGUCAAUGUGCUCGUCCCAGGCGUACUUCCCGUUGUCGGCAAAAAGGCAACCACAUAUGCGACGCCGUUCACCAACACAUUCGCAUACCUUUGCGUACUAUCUCCGUUGAUAUACUUGAUUC